AGAGUAGUACAGUAUAUAAAUCAGCUAAAAAGAAUUUCGACUAUAUAGGAAUCUGUGAUAGCACAUAAGUAGGUUUUAGGAACCGAAGCUGGCAAAAUGUGUUCAGAACUGGAGUGCGGUAUUUGCUACAGAAUGUACAAUACAGGUCGCCGCUCUCCCAGAGAACUGAGCUGCGGGCAUACGUUUUGCGAAAGGUGUCUGGUAACUUUGUGCCGGCCUUCGACGCCCCAAGCCAUUGCUCGUCCAGGAGACGUUGCGAUUGUCUGUCCGCUAUGCCGUUGCUGCUCCACUGUCUCUGGUACCGAGGGGGUACGGAUGGCGCUUCGGUUAGACGAAAGUGUACUAGGGCGCAUCUUAGCGGCAGGAGUACUCGAUCGUGGUUCAGCUGAGGAUACCGAGAGUGAGGACGAGGACAACGACGCUGAAAAAAACGGGCGAGUGCAGGGAAGUACUGCUCCUCCUCGAACAAGAAAAGGCAAACUCUGGCGAUCAAUGAAGCGGUUCUGUGGAAGACUAACGGGGAAUAGCAACCAAGAUUCGCGGCGUGGCGGAAGUGAAUACAUGACAGAUGGAGAUAUCAAAGACCUCGCGUUGAUGUCCUGCUACAUGAUGUAAUACCCAACAUUG